CGAAGACUUGGGAUGAGUCAAUUUCUUACGAGGCUUGGUCAAAUUGGAAUAGCUGCUGCUAUCGCUGGAGGCAUUGUCAACACGGCACUCUAUAACGUUGAUGGCGGGCAGCGAGCUGUCAUUUUUGACCGAUUUACUGGAGUUAAGCCUGAUGUUGUGGGUGAAGGGACACAUUUUUUGAUUCCAUGGGUUCAGAGGCCAAUUAUAUUUGAUAUUCGCUCAACCCCGAGGGCUAUAGCUACAGUAACUGGUAGUAAAGACCUGCAAAAUGUAUCAAUUACUCUACGUAUCUUGCAUAGGCCUGAACCCAGUAAGCUACCAAAUAUUUAUUUGAAUAUUGGACAGGACUAUGCUGAAAGAGUUCUUCCCUCAAUAACAAACGAGGUUUUAAAGGCAGUUGUGGCACAGUUUGACGCACAUGAAAUGAUAACACAGCGAGAAAGCGUAAGCCAUCGUGUGUCGGUGGAACUCUCAGAGCGGGCAAGACAGUUCGGGAUUUUACUUGAUGAUAUUGCUAUUACCCAUUUGUCAUUUGGCCGUGAGUUCACUGAAGCUGUUGAAGCAAAACAAGUCGCGCAGCAAGAAGCAGAAAAAGCCAGAUAUUUAGUUGAAACUGCUGAACAGAUGAAGAUAGCUGCUAUAACAACUGCUGAAGGUGAUGCUCAAGCAGCAAAACUUCUUGCACAGGCAUUCAAAGAUGCUGGCGACGGUCUUAUAGAAUUGCGAAAAAUUGAGGCAGCAGAAGAUAUUGCUGAGAGGAUGGCGAAGUCGAGGAAUGUAAUAUACUUGCCAGGAAAUCAGAACACGUUAUUCAAUUUGCCUGCUUGA